AUGAACCAAUCAAUGAAGUGGUUCCAUCUAGACCCAAACGCGAAGUCAAAGAUGGAGGACAAGGGAGCAUUGGAGGAGAGAUUGCGUGAAGUUUGCUGCAUCGGCGACGAAAGAAAUGCGAAACUGCUCAUCGAACGAGGGAUCAGCAUUAAUGCAGCAAAUGCAAUGAACGGCUGGACUCCUUUGCACUGGGCAGCAAAACGAGGGCACGUAAGCAUCGUGAAAUACCUCGUGCAAGAAGGGGCUGAUACAACGUUGUUGACUAAGAAAGGGGAAACUGCAGCCCAGUUAUCCAGUAACUCUAGUGUUAAACAGAUACUUGGAGAACAAGGCAACAUCGGUCUAAGUACAGGCAAUGACACUUUACCUAUUGUUCCGAAUUAUCUCCGAAAUCCGGAGUUUUUUUAUGCUGCGAAAGACGAGUCCGGAAGACUUUCACACAGAGAGCAAGGUAUUUCAACCACAAACAACCAAGAGUUAUCUUUGGUAAAUGGACAGCAGCAAGGCGUCAACACUUCAUCAAAUUCAUAUUCUUCAUGUGCUGCACAGCCAGGAGAGGAAAUCGUGUUAAAGUUGCGAAUUGCCGAUACAGAUGAAAAGGACUUUAUAGAAGUUGAUCUUCACAGAAGAAAUCUCACAUUUCAAACUUUAGAGAAAGUGUGUUGCGAAGAACUGAGUAUCGAGGCUAAGAAUAUAAAGAAGAUAAGAAAAUUGCCAAACACCAUUGUUAGAAAUGACAAAGACAUGACAAGACUGCUACCAUUCCAAGAAUUGGAAGUAGUGUUGACAGGCAAUAAAAGUUAAUGCAAUGCAUUCUAUGAUUUAAGGUAGUAGAAAUAUUGAAGAGGGAGAGAGGAUGACAGGGCCAUAGCCAGAAACAAACUGUGACUGAGGCAACGUCAAUGAAAAAAUUAUAACUGAGGCAAUGUCCUUGGUUAAAUUCUCUUCUUAGGCACAAUGACUAUAAACAACAGAAAAGAACAAAAAUGGUUGAUGCAAGUGCCUUGGUUUGCCUGUUACUAGCUACGGCCCAGGAUGACGUUAGAUUUUAUAGAGAAUGAGUAUAAUUAUGUUCACUCUAUUCACUAUCCAGUCAGGGGUGUUAACUGGUAAGUCAGAGAAUAUACGGGAUGGUAAAACUGAUAUAAUAGAGUGGUUUUACUUAACUGGUGAAAUAGAUAGUGGAAUUGUACAUGUCACAACUUCAUAUUAGUUCCUACUAUCCCCCUAUAGGACCUAUAGUUAGUAAUUCUUUUGUUUUCUAGUCUUUAUUUUUGUAUGCCAUGCACUAAUACUAAUUAGCAGACAAUAUUACACACUAACAAUUAGUUUCUGUUUCAUGGGUUCUGUAAAAUCACUCUAUACCCUGCUAAUGAAAAUUAUUGACACUCUGAGGAGGUGAAACAAAAAAAUGACACCAUGACACCUGUAAAUUUGGGCAAAAAGAUGCAGGACAUAUUUUUGUAAGGAUCAUUUGCCAUCUCUCCAUUUGAUAACCUGUUACAGAAUUAGAGGUAAUGGCAACAAAAUCACACAAGUAAAAUCUUGAUUUUUGUUUCACAAUAAUUGCAUGUUUCAAAAUAAAAAUUCACUUUUUGCCUUCACCAUCCUUUGGUGUGGGAUGCUAAAAGGUUUCCUUGAAUGAGACCUGAAAAGAUCAUUGCUUAGCAUUUGCCAAGGUCAAAUGUACAUGUAAACAAAGGGUUAUGAUUGCUUGGCCCAUGACAAAUGAUAAAAGAUUUAAAAGAUUGUCAAAAUUUAAAAUUUAAAGAUUAUUA